UUAUCCUGAUGAAGAGUCUCUUGUCGUGGGGAAGAACAAACUUCUGUUACUUGUUUCCUGUGUUACAGAAACCCAACUUUAGUACGCGAACUUCUGGCAGAACGUCAGUGUCCUAUUGUCGUUGUUCUCCUGUUAGGUCCAAUUCUUCUGUCAAGUUGAGACCAGCUAGCAGAAAGAAGACUUUCACUUAUGCCGGAAACAUUAUUUGCAAUAGAAAACUGCACAUUGUAGAUGUUUCAGUGACAGAAGACGAGAUCCUUAAGUUAGUGGGUAAUAAGACUGCUCAGUUUCGUAAAGAUUGCCGCGCUUUAUUAGAAAAAAGUAUUGUUUUAGGAGUUAUUCAGCCCGCUAGAUACGAAUUGUCUUUAUUGCUUUGUUCAGAUAACUACAUUUCCUCGUUGAAUAGUAAGUGGCGCAAUAAAAAGGAACCAACCGACGUCUUGUCCUUUGCACAGGAAGAACAAACGCUUCUUGGCGAUAUUGUUAUUUCAGUUGAAACUGCCUAUAAGCAAGCACUUGAACGCAACUAUUCUUUAAGGGACGAGAUAAGAGUUUUGCUUGUACACGGGUUUCUGCACCUUCUCGGUUAUGAUCACGAGGAAAGCGAGCAAAGACGAGACGAGAUGGAAGAACUUGAAAACAAGUUGCUCUCUUCUUUGCAAUGGAAAGGUAAAGGUCUGGUGGCUUUAUCUUAGAAGAAAUGCAGAAUCGAAAGCUUUCCUCCCCAUCGAUACAACUACCUCUUAUCUAACAGCAAUAGAAUGGGAGAUAACUUUCUCUCAUUGUGAAUGGAAGAGAUUCCUGUUAGUUAUCCUUAACUUGUAUGUUGGACAGUAGCCCUCUUUGUACAGUUCAAGUUUGUACAAAUACUCCAGUCAUGGUUGAAACUUGAUGAUCUUGGCAUGUAGCAGACUUAUAAUAACUGAAGAAUUGUUUCAAACAAAUAUAAGUACAGUCGCAGAAACUAUCUGUUCAGGUAACUUUGGCAAAAAAGAAAGAAACUAGAAGAAAAUGUUUAGAAUGUCCAAUGUUGGAUUUCGAUAAGAUGUUUCGAGGACGCAAGGAACACUUAGUACUUGCUGAAAAAGACAAUUUUUUCACAAAGGACAUUCAAACAGAGUGCCAAAAGACAGUAUAGUACUGGGAUAUUUAAAUUAUUGCUGUAGUAAUUUGUCAAAUCUGGUAUCCAAUAACAAACGAUAAAUUCAGCUUUUUUAGGAAGUGGUCAAAGAUUAAGCGAACGAAUCUUUUCCUGCUUUUAGUGCGAGUUUGCUUUGUUCUC